AUGCCUCCCAAGUCGAGGUUCACAAGGCUCGAUGCCUUUACCAAGACAGUCGACGAGGCGCGAAUUCGAACCACAAGUGGUGGUAUUGUUACUAUCGUGUCUCUGAUCGUCGUCAUCUUCCUGGCCUGGGGUGAAUGGUCAGAGUAUCGCCGGGUUGAGAUACACCCCGAGUUGAUUGUGGAUAGAGGACGAGGAGAGCGAAUGGAGAUCCACCUCAACAUCACAUUCCCCAAGAUGCCCUGCGAGCUCCUGACCCUCGAUGUCAUGGAUGUCUCUGGCGAGCAGCAGCACGGCGUCAUGCACGGUGUCAACAAAGUCCGUCUUCAACCCCAGUCCAAGGGCGGCGCCGAUAUCGACUCCAAGUCCCUCUCCCUCCACGAUGAUGCUGCCGCCCACCUCGAUCCCUCCUACUGCGGUGGCUGCUACGGUGCUCAGCCCCCUGCGAAUGCCCGGAAAGCCGGCUGCUGUCAGACUUGUGACGAAGUUCGUGAAGCCUACGCCCAGGCGUCCUGGGCCUUUGGUCGUGGAGAGGGUGUUGAGCAGUGUGAGCGCGAGCACUAUGCUGAGAAGCUGGAUGCUCAGCGUGAGGAAGGUUGCCGUAUUGAGGGUGGCCUGCGCGUGAACAAGGUUAUUGGUAACUUCCACUUUGCUCCUGGACGAAGCUUCAGCAGCGGCAACAUGCACGUUCACGAUCUGAAGAACUACUGGGAUGCUCCCAAGGGCAAGGCGCACGACUUCACCCACAUCAUCCACUCUCUUCGCUUUGGUCCUCAGCUCCCCGAUGAAGUCGCUCGCAAGGUCGGCAAGGGAACGCCCUGGACCAACCACCACCAGAACCCUCUUGAUGGUACUCGCCAGGAUAUUAAGGAUCCCAACUUCAACUUCAUGUACUUUGUAAAGAUUGUCCCUACAUCGUACCUCCCUCUGGGCUGGGACAGCAAGGGUCUUAAGAUCGCCGGCCUACUGCAGGACGACACAAGCCUUGGAGCCUACGGUUACGCCGAGGAUGGCAGUGUCGAGACUCACCAGUACUCUGUCACUAGCCACAAGAGGAGUUUGGCUGGCGGUAACGACGCCGCUGAAGGCCACGCCGAGCGCCAGCAUACCAGUGGUGGUAUUCCUGGCGUCUUCUUCUCCUAUGAUAUUUCCCCCAUGAAGGUUGUCAACCGCGAGGAGAAGGGCAAGACCUUCAGCGGUUUCCUUGCUGGACUCUGCGCCAUUGUUGGUGGAACUCUGACCGUCGCCGCGGCGGUUGACCGCGGACUGUUCGAGGGUGCCGCUCGUCUCAAGAAGAUGCGAUCCAAGGACAUGUAA